AUGCUUAUGCCAAAGCAAAACCGCAAACUUAUCUACGAAAGUCUUUUCAAAGAGGGAGUAUUAGUUGCCAAGAAGGAUUUCAAUGCACCCAAACAUCAAGAUAUCGAUGUUCCUAAUCUUCAUGUGAUCAAAGCUUGUCAAAGUCUUCGUUCUAAGGGUUACGUAAAUACACGAUUUUCGUGGCAGUAUUAUUAUUACUCUUUAACUAAUGAAGGCAUUUCAUAUCUGAGGGAAUAUUUACAUUUACCUCAAGAAAUUGUUCCGGCUACUCUCAAAAAACAAGCUCGACCAGCUGGAGGUGGGAGAGGACGUCCAGAAUCAGAACGGGAUUCUGGUGCUUAUCGACCUCCACAAAGUCGUGGUGAUCGUGGUGACCGUGGCGACCGUGGUGAUUAUCGUCGACGCGAUGAUGAAGGUAAAAAGGAGGGAGCUUCUAGUGACUUUAAUCCUGUAUUCAAAGGUGGUUAUGGUCGCGGACGAGGAGGACGUUCAGAAUAG